AUGGGGUACCAGAAAGCACAUGCCUUGGAGAUGCAUUUUUGUAUCCUUUUACUUUUUUACUCUUGUAAUCUGCUAUUUAACUUGUUAUAUUAUUUUACUGGCAUUUUUUAUCCUGUUUUCUGUUACAGCUCUAAUGUCUGGACAGCAGAUCUGUUUACAAAAGUCAUGGCAUAUUUUCAUGCCAAGGAAGUUAUGUUUACUCUUGGCAGUCUGCAGGUGUCCAUAAAAAAUUACCUGAAGAACCUUUUAUACCAGCCCAGGCAACUAUUGUCUGAAUUGCAACAGCUUGAUCAGCAGCAGUUCCAAACUGCAAUGAAGUACCUCUUCAACAGCAAAAAGGAGCAUCUUGAAAUAGGAAAUAUUAUUCUUGACUGGGGCAAGACUAGAGAGAGAAUUUUUCAAAGCCCAGGAGUAAACAGGACCUUGUUCCUUGUAACACUGGAUAAAUGCUUCCUGGCUCUGAGUGCCCUGGACUGUGUGGAUAUCCUGAGUCAGGUUUUGCGUGUGUCAGCAGUGAACUAUCUCCAACCUGAUGUCAUUGGGAGUCUCCCAAACCUUCUGCUGGAGGAUGCUUUCAGAAACUUAUCAUCAUUAUUCAAGGACCUCUAUGACAGAACCUCAGCAAGCACUCAGAGAGCUCUCUAUGGCUGGAUGAAGCAGAUUCUACAGAAAUCUUACAACAUGAGUGAGUUCAAUGAAUCAACUUCUUGGGUCAGUGCAGAAAGCUUAUGGAUUUUGGGAAGAUACAUGGUCCAUCUCCCAUUAGAAGAAAUUCUGAAAAUUAGUCUCAAUGAAAUCAGACUGUUCAUUAGCUACGACAACGCAACAAAGCAGUUGGACACGGUGUAUGAUAUCACACCAGAGCUUGCACAGGCCCUCCUGGAAAGGAUAAACUCGUCAGGAUUUGAUAUGAGGAACACUUCAACUAUCUACAGGCUGGGUUUGUUGGUUUGUUUUUAUGAUGACCUGGAACAGAUGGAUGCAGCUGUGGCCCGGGCUCUACUUCAUCAAAUGAUUAAAUGCAAUCAGCUGAGAGGUUUCCAGGCUGAGGUUCAUGAGCUCAAAUCUCAGCUCCUGAGCAUUGCCAUGCAAAACCAGACAUUGAAUGAUACCCUUGGAUCCCUGUCAGAUGCUGUGGUUGGAUUAACUUCAAGUCAGCUGGAAUCUCUGUCACCUGAAGCAGUGCAUAAUGCUGUUGCAACAUUAAACCAAGUCUCUGGGUGGGCAAAGAGCCAAGUUAUGAUUUUAUCCAGUAAAUAUCUCUCUUAUGAAAAGGUUUUAUCAUUUUACAACGUGAGCCAAAUGGGCGCCUUGGUGGCAGGAAUUGGCACCCGGUCACUGCACAGCAUGAGCCCCAGGGAGCUGGCUCAGAUCAUCCGAGGCACAACAUCCCAGUACUUGUCUGACUUAUCUCCUGCACAGCAGCAGGGCAUCCUCAGGAAGAUUGCUGCAUCUGGAGAUUUUUCUUCAUCAGUCAAAGAUAUACAAGGAGCUUUCUUUAAAGAAGUUUCUCUUUCUGGUUUGUGGAAGCAAAGUGGAUAUUAUUCUUCAAUGCUGAAAGAAAAAGAACUAAGAAGCAGCCAGGCUUUGUAUCUGUAUGAAUUACUGUUCAAGGAAAACUAUCCUGUUGACCUUGUAAGCACAGGACAGCUUGUGAAAGGAGUAACUUGUCAACUCUUUGAAAGUAUGGACACAGACAUAUUUUUAAACAAUUUUAAAUUCUUUGAAAUUAAUCUUCAUCUGCUUUCUCCAUAUCAGGUUAAUUGUUUGGCUUGGAAAUUUUGGAAAGUCUCCAAUGCAUCCAUUCCUCCCUUCCUUUUAUUGGCGCUUCCUUCUGAGUACCUGGAGUAUGUUACAGGCCCUUUGUGUGUCCCUUUCCUUGACCGUGUGGGGAAGAUUGGGAUGGACCUUCUGAACCCAAGCCUUCACAAAAGGGAUGCUGUCCUGCAAAAAGUACAGGAGUGCUUGAACAGCUCCAUUGCUGAUGAAUAUGAUGUUGACCUCCUUGGAAAUCUAAUCUGCCACUUACCUCCAGCCUUUCUACAUGGCAGAAUGUCCCUGAAGGCAAUGGCAGCAGCCCUACAUCAAUUCAAACUUUGCCAAGAGCUCAGCCACGAGCAGAAGACUGAAAUUAAAUACAAACUCCUUCGGUUAUAUGGCUCCUCAAAUAACUGGACAGCAGAAACAACAUUAGAUGUUGGACCAUUCAUAGUUAUGUUGUCAAGAGAGGAAUUAAACAUCCUUGCUGAAAAGUUCCCAGAUAUCAUUUUACAAAUAGCAAAGACAAUUGGACCAGUUUCUUCAGCUGAAGAGCUUCUGUCAGCUGUGUUCGAGUCAGUCUCUAACUCUUCAAUGAAAACUCUUGCUAUUUGACCUUUUUCAGAUUGCCUGACAACCAGAACUCCUUCUUCAAAUGAAAUCAUUAAAUUAGGAGAAGCAAAUAUAUUUUGGUCAGUUCAGGAACUGAAAUGCAUGGAUCCAGGGACUUUUGACAAAAAUGUGGAACUUCUUGGGGGUGUCUCAGGUUUUAACAGCUCCCAGCUGACUGCCUUGAAGGAAAAAGCCAAGCAGGUCUGGGGUUUGCUGCCAGACUGGAGAAGUUACCAAAUCAUCUCCCUGGGCCGCAUUGCUCUGGCACUCACUGAACAGGAAAUCACAGAGCUGGACCUGCACUCCAUCGACACAGUUUCUGUUCUUAGUCAGCAAACAGGGUGGACUUUUACCCAGGCGAGAGCUAUUUUGCAAGGUUUUCUAGAUGACUCUGGCCAGACCAUCAGCACAUUAAAAAGUUUUGAUUUAGUUGGAUUAGGAGCUGUUCUCUGUGCAUUGAACUCCACAGAAAUCACAUCCAUAAGGACUGUUGAAUUCAGUGCUGCAAUUGCAAGAAUUGGCCUGUUGUUUUGUAGCACCCCUGUUCUGAGGCAGUUGAAGAAGAUGACAGAAUCUGUGUUUGGUGCUGCUACCAGCUGGAAUGGCUCUAUUUUACAGGAAAUUGGUACUAUUGCAGGUGGUUUGAAUGAGGAUGAAUUAAAAGCUUUUGAUAAAAGCUUGAUGCCAUAUUUCCAGCCAUCAGCAAUAAGACAUAUACCUCCUGAAAUUUUCCAAGCAUUGUCCCCAGAGCAAAUAGCAAAUCUGGGCCCUGAGAACGCCGCCAUGGUUACAGGAUCACAGCGGGAGCAUCUGGAUGCAUCACAGCUCCAGAGCCUGGGGCUGGCACUGGAUGGAGCC